CAGCGGUGCACCGAUUGGCCGGUUCUAGCAGCCGUAGCUUUAGUAGCUCUCGUUUACAGGGUUGAUGGUCGCCGAAGCUGUCCGGUUUAACAACGAGUUGAAUUUUUACAAAAGAAUCUUGUUAAUCUUUAUCUUCUUAACACAAUUUGUGUUAUCCGCGAGCAGUGAGGAAGAAUUUAAGGAAUAAAUUCCAGAAUAUCAAGUGAUUAAUAAAAUAAAAAAAUGAGUUCGUCGAAUGCCUGCUACAAAUGCAACCGGAUGGGCCACUUCGCGCGGGAAUGCCCUCAGGGUAAUACUGGCGGCACUAGAGGCGACCGUGGUGGAAGAGACAGAGAUGGAGGAUUUGGUACAAGAGGACGUGAGAAGUGUUUCAAAUGUAAUCAAUUUGGACAUUUUGCUCGUGAAUGCAAAGAAGAUCAAGAUCUUUGUUAUCGUUGCAGUGGAGUUGGACACAUUGCUAAAGAUUGUCAACAGGGUCCUGAAUUGAGUUGCUACAACUGUAACAAAACAGGCCAUAUUGCACGUAGUUGUCCUGAAGGGAAUGACACUGGACGUUUCGGACAAAGUUGUUACAAUUGUAACAAAACAGGUCACAUUGCACGUAAUUGUACUGAAGCUGGUGGCAAAAUUUGCUACGUCUGCGGAAAAAGUGGUCACAUAAGCCGUGAUUGUGACGAUGACAGAAAGUAGGAGACGACUUGUACUUGUGUCGCUCGCUUUACGUAUGUAAUGAGCCGUUUAGCGUGGUGUACGCUACUGCUGAGAAUUCGAACUAGGUAGGAUUGUACGAACAUUAUGCUAAAUAAUAUUAAUAAGCGUUUUAUUUUAAACAACAUCAAAAAAGAAAACAUUUAAAAAACGCAAUUACUCAACAGUAGUUCGUACAACUAAUCUUUACUGAAGUGUCACAUCUCGGUUAUCCUACAUCAUAAUUACUUUAUUCCCAAUACACAUUUUCAUAAAAUUCCUUCAAAGCUUUUUCUUUAAAUUUUCCUUGACGUUGUUCUCUUAUUGAAGGCUUAUUUUUUAGUUAUAAUAAUGCCUUUAAACUCUUAUUGUUACACCAAUUACGUGCGCGUGCGCACAAUGACAUGGACACAAACAUUAUUAUUAUUAAUAUUAUUAUAAUUUUAAGAUAUUAAAGGGUAAAUCAUGAUGAAAAAAAUAUGUGAAAAAAUCAGAAAAUAGAACAACUGAAUUCUAUAAUGCUAUAUGAUAUCAUGUAAUAAUAUUAUUAAUCAUUCAAUUGAACUAGAACUAAUAGGUACAUAUGAAUCCUUCACUCCCUUUACCUUCAAAUCUAUCUGAUAAUCGCAUAUUUGAUUGUAAUGUAAAAUUGUUUAGAUUUUUCAUAUUAUCAAUUGGACAAAAAAAACCAAUAAUAGUUGAGAAAAAAUAAUGAAAUUAAUAAUAAAAGCAAAUGAUCGUGAAAUAAACCUCAUUAUAUCGUGAAAAUAAUCAGAAUCAGAAGUUUCAUUUUUUAUGAUCAUAAACGAAAAUGAUUCAAUUAAAUUCUAGUAGACGUUGAUAUAAAUUUUUAUAGGAUAUGAAGACUGAAUGGAACAGGCUUUUAUCUAUUUUUUUCUUAGUACAGAGAGAGAGAGAGAGAGAGAGAGAGAGUGCGAGAGUGAGAGAGAGAAAAAAGAAAAGAAAAGAGAGCAAAGCAGCAUGAUAUUUAGUGACAACUACCUUGAUUUUCUUCCAAUAUUCAUAAAGAUUAUAUUUGAUCCUCCCUCUCAAACUCUCCCUAGCUAAUUCAAAGUAAAUAAAAUAUUUACAGAAAAAUUAAUCAUAUGGAAAAUAAUAUUAAAUGACAAAAAAAUAUAUAAAAAAAAAUUUGAAAAAUAAUUUUAAAAAAUCGUUACUAUGUGAGAUUUGUCCAUCCUAAAUGUAUACAAAGUAAUUUUAGUAACGCAAAUAUUAGAAAAAUGCAUGAGGAUAUGUCCAAGUAUUCAAAAAAUGAUCGUUGUACAUUGGAAUAUAACGAGUGUCAGUAAACUUACUUGUUUCUCAGCCAAAUCAAUCUAUAAACUUUAACUUAUAUUAAUUGAUUGGAUGCGAUGUACUUUAAUGACAGUUUAAUCUUUAAUUAUUCCGAUUAGGUUUAUUACCCUGGUAGACAAAUAAAUUUAUAAUAAUUCAAAAAUAUCCUCAAACAUUAAAGUAAAUAAAUGUGUUACUAAAUGUAUGUAUAUAUUUUUGUACGUAUUUACGUACAUAUACAUGUGAACAGGAGCUAUGUUUUUUACUGUAAAAAGUUAGGCAUACUCUGGUCGUUGCUGGGGACUAAUUCCAACAUAAUUAUUUGUACAUCAUAAACAUAUUACUGUAUACACAUAGAAAAAAAUAAUAACCAAUAUUAAAAAAAAAUUUUUUUUUUUCAAGAAGUUACUAGCGUGCAUAUGUAAUCUUUAUAUAUCUAAGUUUUUUUAAACUACUCUUUAGGAAGCUAGAUCUGAUGAGUGGACUUUUUGCGUUCAGUCAUCAUUAGAUGAAAACCUCGUUCAAUAAAAUUGUUAAAGACA